GCCAAAAUGAGUUUACUACAAAAAAUAGCCGAAAUCGAGAGCGAGAUGGCUCGUACUCAGAAGAACAAGGCCACAGCUCAUCAUCUGGGUCUGUUGAAGGCAAGACUAGCCAAACUGAAGAGAGAGCUCAUCACUCCUAAAGGAGGCAGCGGAGGAGGUCCAGGAGAGGGUUUUGAUGUGGCGAAAACUGGUGAUGCCCGGAUAGGUUUCGUCGGUUUCCCAUCGGUGGGCAAGUCCACUCUUCUGAGUAACUUGGCUGGGGUGUAUUCUGAGGUAGCUGCUUAUGAGUUCACCACACUGACAACUGUUCCAGGUGUCAUCCGUUAUAAAGGAGCCAAGAUCCAGCUUUUGGAUCUCCCAGGUAUCAUCGAGGGAGCCAAAGACGGCAAGGGCAGAGGGCGACAAGUUAUUGCUGUUGCUCGCACUUGCAAUCUCAUCCUCAUUGUCUUGGAUGUUUUGAAGCCUCUUGGGCACAAGAAACUCAUCGAGCAUGAGCUGGAAGGUUUUGGCAUCCGUCUCAACAAAGAACCACCAAAUAUUGGCUUUAAGAAGAAAGACAAGGGAGGAAUCAACUUCACUGCCACUUGUGCCCAAAGUGAGCUGGACGGAGAAACGGUGAAAAGCAUCCUCUCAGAAUAUAAGAUUCACAACGCAGAUUUAACUCUACGAAGCGACGCCACCGCAGAUGACCUCAUUGAUGUGGUGGAAGGAAACCGGGUUUACAUCCCCUGCAUUUAUGUCCUAAACAAAAUCGACCAGAUUUCCAUUGAAGAGCUUGACGUCAUCUACAAAAUCCCUCACUGCGUGCCAAUCUCGGCUCAUCACCGCUGGAACUUUGAUGACGUGCUGGAGAGGAUCUGGGACUACCUGCAUCUAGUGCGCAUCUACACAAAACCAAAAGGACAGCUUCCCGAUUACACAUCACCAGUUGUUCUGCAAGACGGCAAGACAUCUGUCGAUGAUUUCUGCUUAAAGAUUCAUAAAAACCUCAUCAAAGAGUUAAAAUAUGCGUUGGUGUGGGGGUCUUCGGUAAAGCACAACCCGCAGAAAGUCGGCAAAGACCACGUGAUGGAAGAUGAGGAUGUGAUUCAGCUCGUGAAGAAAUAAAAAGACUCUUGUGUUUUGCAUGAUCAUUACACUUCAAAUAAGAAGCUAUAAGACAUUUCCAAAUGCCCUGAAGGUUCCCACGACACCCUUCCUAUUUUUGGCUUUCAUUUCAGGACACAGAGUAUGACUGUAAGUCACACAUUAUCUGACUCAUUUUGGAUCGACAUCAGAAAUUAUUUGAAUGCAGAAUAGAAUGUAAUGUGUAGUUUUUGGCUGAAAACAUUAAAUAAAACUCUGAAAUGAAAAUCUACACAAGUCUGUAUGUGACACUGAUGUAUGAUGCAACAGAUUUGCUCUGAUAGGAGUCUUGCCAUUGAGUUUUCAGCAUCAUUUAGCGGUUGACAAGGAAUUAUUGAGAUGUCUAGUCCCCAUAUGGUUACUCUACUAGUCAUGUGACUGUGUAUAACACCCUCCCCCUCUCUGAGAAUCAAUCACUCGGAUAACCAGGCCACUUAGAGGAUGAAAUGGAUAGGGAAUAAUACACACCCAGUCAAAAGCACUGAUGCCCUUAAUCUGCCCCUCUCACUAGGGACAUUCGACAUUAUGCGUGAGGGGAGCAAGACCACCCUCAGGUUAAUCAGCCAAAAAGCCUCUUUUCUUGCCUUAUGGUUUUGGGCUGAUAGGAAUUCAACAGUGCUUUGUUUUUUAGUUGUAGGUUGCCUGUCUAUAUUGUAAUAUUUAGAGUCAAGAAAUCUACAUGAUUUUUUACUUAUUGAAGGGAUUAUUUACACAGAAAUUAAAAUUCAUUUAUUCACCCUCAUGUCUUUCUAAACCUGUAUUACUUCAUAAACACCGCAUAUGACUGCAGAACACAAAAGAAGAUAUUUUGAAUAAUGUUAACAACCAAACAACACUGACCUCAUUGAAUUCUAUUGUAUUGACACAAACCCACAGAAACAUUUACAUUACAGAAACAUUUCGUAAGACAUCUUGUCUUGUGUUCCAGAAG